UUUCCUACAAUUGCAGAAAGCUUAACAGCCUGAUGCACUUUCAGGUUAGAGCAGUCAGCAGACGCCUCUCCACUUUCCAGCAGUCAACACCGUCCGGAUCUGUUCUCCAGGAUGAAGUUAAUCAUUGAUAUGGACACCGGGGUGGAUGAUGCUCUGGCCAUCAUGGUGGCCCUUGCGGCCCCCGACGUGGAGAUCCUGGGGAUCACUUGUUGCCACGGCAACACCCCCCUGGAGAAUGUCAUCAAGAACACACUGCGUGUCCUGAAAGUCUGCAACAGGCUGGAUAUCCCAGUGUAUCGUGGCUGUGGAAAGCCCCUGCUGGCCCGUAAGCAACAUGCCGGAGACUACCAUGGGAAGGACGGACUGGGAGAUGUCCCAGAUCCGGACGCUCCAGGCCUGGAGCUGCUGAAGAAAAAAGCUGUGCAGGCCAUGAUCAAGAUUGUCAAUCAAAACCCUGGAGAGGUGACUCUAGUGGCCACGGCCCCCCUCACCAACCUGGCUGUUGCAGUCCAACUGGACCCCAACUUCCCUAAGAAACUGAAGGCACUCUACCUGAUGGGGGGAAACAUUAACUCCAGGGGUAACACCACUGCAUGUGGAGAGUUUAACUUCGUGGCUGACCCUGAGGCGGCCUACGUCGUGUUGGACCGCUACACCUGCCCCACCUACAUCGCCUCCUGGGAGUUCAGCUGCAGGAACAGCCUGCCGUGGUCUUUCUAUGACCAGUGGCUGGCCCAAAACACCGAGAAGGCUGAAUUCUUUAAAAAGAUUUCCAACCUUACAGUGACGAAAGCGAGGUCAGCGGAAUAUCAAAAGGAGACCACAGAGGGGAAAGGGUUCAAUUCCUGUGACACCUACGCCAUAGCUGCAGCCAUCGACCCCACGAUUAUAACAGAGAGUGAGGAGAUUGCUGUGACGGUGGAGCUGGAGGGGAAAUACACCAGAGGCAUGAUGGUGCUGGACUACAUUGAGCAGAUGAAGAAGAAACACAAGGCGGUCAUCAUUAAGAAAGUCGACUUGGAGAAGUUCAAGCAAAUGCUCAUGAAUUCUGUGAAGUAGAAAGGUGCGGUAACGAGCCAAAGGCCUGAAUCUGGUUCAUCAAAAUAAAUAAAAAUGGCUUCUCUGAUCGAAUUAUCAA